AUGUGUCGAUCAUCCGCAUUGAUUUUGGCGCUCCUCCAAGGGCAGGCUUUUGCCCAUACGUUCAUCUGGGGUGUUUUCGUUAAUGGAGUCGAUCAAGGCUCCUUCAAAGGCAUUCGCAUUCCAGCCUACAAUGGCGCACCUGGCCAAGGGGGUUACAACAACUCUCCCGUGAAGAACUUGACCUCUAUCGACUUGCGAUGCAAUGUCAUGGGAGAUGUUCAGGCUGCAGACACGAUCAAAGUUGCUCCCGGCGAUAACUUGACCUUCGAUUGGCAUCAUGACAAAAGGAGUACGACAGACGAUGUUAUUGCAGACUCCCAUCACGGGCCAUCACUCGUCUACAUCUCCCCAGACCCGCCCACCGAGAAUUCUUUCGUCAAGCUUUGGCACUCAGGUCUCUACGAAGAAUCCACGUUCCCCAAUCCAGGAAAAUGGUCGACGACUUCCGACAUUGCGAAAAACCAGGGCAGCAUGAACGUUCGGAUUCCUAAGGGGCUAAAAGCCGGACACUACAUCAUCCGCGCGGAAAUGAUCGGCCUCCAUGAGGGCGAAGUGUCGUUUGAAGUGAAUCCAAUCCGCGGUGCACAGUUCUACCCCAACUGCGUGCAGAUUGAAGUAACGGGCGAUGGAGACGUGGAGUUGCCUGAGGGUGUAUCAUUUCCCGGCGCAUAUUCUUACGAAGAUCCUGGUGUCGUAUAUGAUGUAUAUUGUUCGACAAAUACCAAAACAACAAAAUCGACAUCUUGCAUCACGACAUAUCCCAUACCUGGACCCACCGUGUGGUCCGGCGCAUACGCUGAAACGACGCAAGUCCCUCUUGCCCAGGUUACAGGUGUUACUACGCAUCCGGAUUGGUCUACAUGGAUUAAAAAGUCAGCAGUGACAAGUGCAACGUACACCAACAAGAAGAGUUUGACCAUCGUUGGAUCACAAGCGUACACCGCAAGCUGGUCUACUACUUACCAGACGCCUGCACCUAAUACCAAGGUGGGACAUUGGUGA